CCAAGAACCACAAAAACAUCAUCUUAAAUAAUUUAAAAUCAUACCCUUUUUUUUUGUUCUUCCAAAUGGCACUCUCUUUCACCUCCAUUUCCAAAUGCCCAAGCUCAACAUUAUUCAGCCAUGGUUCAAUAUUACAUCCCCCUCUCAAAAUUUACAAUUUAGUCACCAAAUGUGACCUAAAAGAACCAUCAGCAGAUUCAAAAUUAGACUCAAAAAAGCUUGGAAUUGGGUCCCCUAUUAUAGUAAUAGAGGCACCCAAAUUGCUUAAAACUGCAGCCUCUGUGCCUUGUCUUAGACCCAAUGAUGGCUUGGUCAAACCUGGUGAUGUUGGCAGGAUAGUUUCAAGGAAGCCUAUGGAUGUGUGGGCAGUUCGUCUCAGCAUUGGCACUUAUCUUAUUGAUGGGAAAUAUUUCAAGCCCUUAGAGCUUGAGAACUGAUCCAUCUAACUUAUUUUGAUGAAGCUUUCUAGGAAUGUAUGCACUUAAUUUAAUUAUUUUUAUUUUUUAAAAUAUUCUUAUGAAAUCUCUCAUAUAUAUUGCAGUAAGUGGCAGUUUCCCUUUAAUA